AUGAGCAUCUUAACAGCAGAAAGAUUAGUUAGCCUUGCAUAUAAAUAUCCACACCUCAAAGCAACCUGGUACCUCAUUGCUACUGCUUGCUUGACGGUUGUUAACCAGCCACAGGAGAUCCCCAAAGUCUACCAUUUUGCAUUACGUCAGCAAUUACUUGAAGACCCCUCCCCCACAGGCACUUCAUCAUCUAGUUUGCUUACAGACUAUCACCUUAUAAGGCUUGCGCAGGACUCAAUUAAUUCGGCAAAAAAGUACCAGGAUCUCUCAGCUGUUGGUGUUAAUCUUCCUGACGUUUUAAUUCCUCAUGGCUAUUAUGAAGAACUUCCACUUGCAUUCAAGUUUUCCAAAAACGAAGAUAUACAUCACAUGCAGGAUGAGUUGACUUCGCGAUUUAGAGAAGUUAUUUUGAAAAGUAUUGCUCUUAGUGGGUUACCCAAAGCAAUCAAUGCAUUGAUGAUAUUGAAAACUGUGACACCCUCAAAUCUUAAACCUGGUGUAUACCCAGAAAGACCAUGCAUUGUUAGACCAGGAUAUAUGCCAUCGGCAUCCAUUAUCAGUGAAGAUGCGUGCGGCACGAGCUUUGAAGAUAACUCAGAAGACACAAUCAAUGGCCCAGUAUCUGAGGCAUCUAUCAAUAGACAACAAAUAGUACAGGACUUGGCUAGGGGCUCAAGCUUUUGGCAAAAAGUCUAUGGAAAAAUAAGCGCAAGAGUUAAGAACCAAAUGGCAACGGCAUAUCCCGACUUAUGGGAGUUUGCUUACCUCCACGUGUAUGCACCUUUGCUUAGCUUUACAAAGAUUAUCUCUGCAAAGGAAACAUCGCUUUGCGUGGUUGCUUGCUUAAUACCACAGGAUGUGAACCCUCAGUUGAAAGGACAUUUAAAAGGCGCAGUUAAUAAUGGUGCUACAAAGGAAGAGUUGGAGGAUGUUCGAAAUCUAGUGUUUAGUAUAUGUGAUUGGAGCGGUGGUGUAAAAUGGAAGAAUGGUAAAGAAGGCGUAGCUAAAUUGUAG